AUGCAACAGAAAAAUGUAUUAUUUCAAUUAAAAAUUCUUUCAGUGGAACAAUAUGCGUUUUAUGUGGCUUACAAUCCACGAUUAGAGCACAUUUUUAUUCCAAAUAUAGAAGUUAUAUACACCGAUGUUUUGAAGAUUGAUGAAGAUUUUAUUGGGUAAUAGUUCUUGAGAAUAUUUUUUUUUGAAAAAUAAUGAUUUUUAGAAUGCUAAUCAUAGAUAAUCCAGCUCUCUGUUUUGAUUAUGAUAUUUUGAUGAAACUAAUAACUUUUCCAAGAGCAAGAAUUCAACGAAAUGUAUUAUGCAAUCGGCAAAUAAUCGAAAAAAGUGAUAAAUUCAUAAAAUAUACAGAUAUCAAUCAUACAAGUUAGUUGAAAAUUUCUAUUAAUUCUAUUCAUUGUUAGAAUUAAUUUCAGAGAUUUUCUGCAAUAUGGCAUGGUUUAAUUAUUCGAUGCCGGAAGGUUGUCAAAUUAUUGAUUAUGGAAUAAUAGUUUAUGAACCAAGUGAUGUUAGUUUGAUAAAAGAAUGUAUUCUUGAAAUGUAUUCAUUUUAGGGAUCAGAACUACAAAAACAAUUUGAAAGCGCUAUUCAAAGUGUUGAAAUAAUUUUGGGACCAAUUUUGAUAUAUAGCACAUCAUUGACUUCACUCAAUUUUAGUAGUUUAUAUUUCGUUAACAAUAUGCAUUUUGAUAUUGGUGACCAAGACUAAUCCUAAGGAUGUGUAUUUUAAACAAUAAUAUUUUUAGAACGUGUGAGUUGGAUGAAAUAUGGUAUCAGCUUAUUUAACAAUUCGAAACUGACGCAUUUGAGUUUUCCUCUUCAUCCUAACUUUCUUCAUUAUGGAGUAACUCCAUAUAUUCAAACAGAACUCAAUGAUGCAAUUAUUUUGGAUGAUUCUUUAUGUGAUUAUGUCAAAAGUUUUUAUAAUUUUGAGUUCAAGGAUAAAUUUCAAUCUUGCGGUAACCAUUUUUUCCAUAUCCAUCAAGCAUUUUCUUUAAUUUGAGGCGUUUUCCCAACCAUCUUAACGAAUUAUAAAAUAUUGCUUCCAAUGAUUUUGGAAACUGUUUUAUGUGCUGUUUUCACAAUAUCACUUUACAUAUCUAUGUGGGUAGUGAUAAUUGAGAAGACCAAACACAUUGUUAGUCAGUUUCAAUAUGCAAUCAUAAUUUAUAUAAUAAUAUGUUCUGCUGAAGCAGUUUAUGUGGUGUUGAACUAUGUUCAGGUAAUUAGACUAGAUCAGCAUCAGAAUCAGAGAAUAAUAAAUUCAAUUAUAGUUUUAUGAUGAAGAGGAAAAGUUUGCAAUAAUGGUUGGAAUACAGUUUUUGUUCAUUUCAAAUAAAGAACAAUAUUUUUAUCAAACACUGAAUAUUAUUUAUACAAAUCGAUUAGCUUUGUUAUGUUCAUGUUGUAUUUAUAGAACUGUUGCGUUCAUGAGGUAUGAAAACGUGGAAGUGAAGAUUCCGUUCAAAAUUUAAAAAAAAAUUAUUUUUAGAUAAAAAUUCAGAAACACAUCUCAUUUUUUUAGCAUGAGCAAUGGGAAACUAGCAAUAUUCAUAGCUUUCAUGAUUUUUGUAAUUUCAAACGUGACAAGCCUCGGAGGUUUAGCUGGACAGGUCUGAUAUAUACCGAAUUCCUUGCAUCACAAUACAUAUACUUUUUAGGGAAGUCAGUAUAGUUAUGUCAUUUGCCCACUGAAUUGGCUAACCUUCUUUAUAGCAAUAACAACAUCAAUCAUAUUAACUAUUUAUAUCCCCAAAAUACUGUAUGAUCACCCGAAAAUCAUUGCUCAUCAGAAAAAAUUGUCAUUCACAUUUAUCACACAGGUUUGAAAAUUGAUCAAUCCUUCUCCUAAAGUCAUUGUUAUUCUUCAGGCUGGAUUAGCAUUCAUUGUUUGUGGAUUUCCUGAAGCAUUUUUUCAAACAUUUUUAUAUGAGAAAAGUAGAUCUCAAUUACGAGUUUAUGGAGAAUCAGAUUUAGCGAAUUUUAUCAGAUCUCAAAGUGUUUGGAGUUAUCAUGUAAGAUUUUUUAUUUUCAAUACAAGGAAUAUAAUUUUGCAAAUUUAGUAUCAAUCUAUUAUUUCAAGAUGGCAUUAUUUGAUCUCGGCGAUUAUUUUGAGGUUCUUUUAAGAAUCAAAAUGUGGGAAAAAACAAAGAUAAAUUAUAUUUUUUCAGGAUUUCCAUCAGAGACAUGUUGAAGCGAAUUUCUACAAAAGCUGAGAAGAAAACAAAUAUUGCUACACCAAAAAACUUCUAAAGUUUGAUUGAUUUUUGUAUAUAAAUAAAUAAAUGUUUUUUUUGUAAUCCCCCCAAGUCUUAGGAACAAUUCACAUAGCUAUUAAGAAUUUUUGGCAUAUUAAAGCUAUCAAUCAGCUUAACACAUUUGGUUGCUAAUCUAUAAUUAUGAGAUGAGGAACUCCAUUUUUUUAUAUUCACCAAAAAAAAAUAUAAUUCAUAUGAUUCAUCUCUUCAUUGUUUUAUUGUUUUUUGAAACAUACGGUUUGUUAAAUAAAUCAAGGAAUAAAUGAAAAAUAUUCCAAAUUUUUUCAGAUUGUUUGAUAUGUAGUUUUACAUCAGAUAUAUCAGAACUUGAUGAUGGAUGUACAACAAUAGAUGGGAUUGUCAUUCUAGACCAAACAUCGAAUGAUACAACAUAUCAACUUUUCAAGAAAAAAUUAACAAAAGUAGAACAUAUUAUUGGUAGUGUAGUUGUUACCAAUUCAACUUUCAAACAUUUAGAUUUUCUACCAGAACUUCGAACAAUUGUUUAUACUCCAACAUACUUUCAUUAUAUAUACGGUAACUUCUGGAACUUGUUUUCAAAAAUCUAAUAAUUCUUUUUCUGCAGUUCGUCAGUUUGCACUUUAUAUUGUUAACAAUCCCGAGCUUGAAACUUUCAGAAUACCAAAGAUUGAGAUGGUUUAUGACAAUGUGAUGCCAACAGAUGUCAGCUUUAUUGGGUGAGAUUUUUCAAAAAAAACAUUUCUGUAUUUUUUUAUUUUUUUAGAACUCGCAUACAAGAAAACCCAGUAAUUUGUUUCCAUUAUGAAACAUUGAUUAGAAUCUACACAUUUCCAAGACUCCAAAUUCAACCCAGAACACUAUGCAAUAAAAAAAUUAUUGAUGAAACUUUUGUUUAUACAAAAUAUACAGAUCAGAAUGAGACAAGUGGGUUGAGAGAGACUUUGAAAAAUUCAGGAAGAUUUUUUUUUUUCAGAAAUUUUCUGCGAUAUGAAGUAUUUCAAUUAUUCUGCACCAUUGGGAUGUCACAUUUUUGAAUAUGGAAUCAUUGUGAAUGAACUUUAUGAUGUAUACAGUGUUUUUUCGAAAGAAAAUGGUAUAUUUCAAGGAGAUGUGGGCUUGAAUACAUUUCAAAAAGCUAUUGAAAGUGUGGAGAUUAUUUUGGGACCAAUUUAUAUUCAAAAUUCAAAAGCUGUUGUUUUGAACUUUUCCAAUUUGAGAAUGAUUAAUAAUAUGUUUUUUGAUUUGGGUAAGUAUGAAUAAAUACGCGCUUUUGAUUUACCAUAAUUCAUAAUGAAUAAAUGAAUUUUAAUUAAAAUUGUCAGAACAAUAUAUGAGAUUGAUGCAUGCAGUUUAUUUUUUCAACAAUAGCAACCUUGUCACUGUCAGUUUCCCACGUCAACCAAAAAUUUAUCAUUAUGGAAUUACCCAGUUUAUAUAUACUGAUCUUAAUGAAAACGUUAUACUUGACGAUAAUCUAUGCUCAUAUGUCAGAAGAUUUUAUAUGUUUGAAUUCAAUGAUGUUUUUUCAAAGUGUGGUAAUUUUUUUUUGUUUUUGAUAAAAUAUUGAUUGUUUUACAUCAAUUCUCAUGAUUCAGGAACAAUACCAAUUUUUACUCCAAUUUCAACUGCAUAUAUAACUUAUAUUGAAUCAGUGUUUUGUAUAAUUUUAACAUUUUCUUUAUACAUUUCUUUGUUUUGGACAAUUCUAAAAACUGAACACAUAGUCAGUUAUUUUCAAUACUCCAUUAUAGUUUAUAUAGUGAUAUGUUCAUUGGAAGCGUUUUAUGCAGUUUUGAACUAUAUUGAAGUUAGUUGAAUGUUAGAAAAUCUUCAAUUUCAAGAUUACUUCAGGUAUUUGAUGAUAACAAUUAUGGACAUCUUCUUGGAAUUCAAUUCUUAUUAUUUUCCAACAAGCGUUCAUAUUUUUACCAGAUUUUCAAUAUGUUUUACACAAAUCGUUUGGCUUUGUUAUGUUCAUGCUGUCUUUAUAGAACUGUUGCGUUUAUUAGUUUGAAUAAUGGAAAAUUAGCAAUGUUUUUUGCAUUCCUUAUAUUCGUGAUUUCAAAUGUAUCAAGUUUUGGAGAUCUUUCAGGAGCGGUCUGUCAUUUGUUUGAUGAAAUUGUAGAAUAAUAUCAAUUAUGAAAAUAAUAUUAUCAUAAUUUUUAGAGUAGACAAUACAGUUAUGUGCUUUACCCAUUCACUUGGUUUACAUUCGGUCUAGCCUAUCUGACAUCAAUAAUUUUGAGUUUAUAUUUAGCAAUGACUUUCAAAAAUUACAAAGCUAUUCGAGCUCAUCAAUUAAAAUUAUCAACAAUUUUUUGCUCACAGGUAAACCUUAAUUUGAGUUUUUUCUAAAAUAUAAUUCCCAGGCAACACUGGCAUUUUGUAUCUGUGGAUUUCCGGACGCAUUUUUCGAGACGUAUUUAUAUACUUUGGGAAGAACUCAAUUGAGAACUAGAGAGAGUGAUGGAUUGUGGAAGAUUGUUAGAAGUCACACUGUUUUCAGUUAUAAUGUGAGUUAAUAUUGAUUAAAUGAAAAAUUCAAAGACAUUUUUGCAGUAUGCUUCAAUAAUUGUCCGUUGGCACUACCCAAUAUAUGCAUUCAUGUUACGACUAUCCAUUCGAUCCAUGUUGAAAAAGGUGUCAACGAAAAUAGAAACCGUUAAACGUAUAAAAAAUAAUGGUUUCUUGUAGUAGUGCCCUUUCAUUUUGAAUGAAUCUUCCCCCGCUUUUUUUGCUGUUUGAAUUUUCUUCUUGAUCAUACUACAAACAAAACUUGAUCAGUAAUUACUGUAACAUGUGAUUUUUUUCAAAAACAAAAUGAAGUUCAGCCAUUUUACUCUUUAAUUUUUUUUGACAUUUGAUUCGAGAAAAGAUAUAUAAUUUUUUUUUGAAAAAAAAAACCAAAAACUAAUUGAAUAGGGUGGAUAAGUCAGCGUAUUGCUAGCUGUAUUGAUUAUUAGCUGUCGCGUCAUGUAAUAAAGAUCGGUACAAACAUUAAACACAGGUGCUGGGAGCCUGACCAAAAAUUGGUGCAUUUUUGACCAAAAAAAAUUUAGUCAAAAUUCGGCCAUUUUUUGACCAAUUUUUGAUCAAAUUACUGUUUUGGCCAAAUUAUGAUCAAAAUUUAGUCAAAAAAUUGGUCAGAAAUUCGCCAAAAAUUGACCAAAAUUACCGAUUGACCAAUAUUUGGUCAAUUUUUGACCAAAAAACGAAUUGGUGCAUUUUUGGUCAAAAAUUGGUCAACCUCCCACCACCAGUGAAUCAAACCCCUGCGACAUAGCUUUUCUCUCAAGAUUUGGUAAUUCUCAAUGAAUAAGUGUUGUAGAAAAAAAUGAAGUUUAGUCUCUUCACCCUUCAAUUUUUCGGCAUUUUCUUCGAAAAGGAUAUAUAAUUUUUUCGAAACAAACAAAAAAAUUAAUUAAUAGUUAACACCUACCUAAAAAAUCAAAUUACUUUCAAUUAAUUUUUGCAAGGUUUGGAAAAUGCUUCUUCUUUUCUUGUUGAUUUUUGGAGUUUUCGAAAGAUCAGGUAAAAUAUUUGUUAAUAUGGUAUUUAUUAAUCACAAAUUUUUAAAGGUGCUUUGGAUUGUUAUAUAAGUUACCCGAUUUCGGCGCUACCGAACAACUGCACCACAAUGUAUGGCUCAUUUGAAACUAAUGCGUCAGUGGAUAUCACUUACGAGGUAAAUUAAUAUAAUUCCCAAACAUCCUAAAAUCAUUUUGAAUUUUCAGAUUUUGACUCAAAAGUUCAGCACAGUUCAAAAGUGGUAUGGAGAAAUUCACAUUUUCAAUACAAAUUUUGAAGAUCUCGGAUUUUUUGCUUCCUUGGAAUAUGUUUAUUUCGAUUGGCUUGAUAUUUAUUUCAGUGAGAAAUUUUUUAUUUAUAUUUUUCUCUUAAAUUAAAAUUUUUAGAUAAUGACGAUUUGGUUGAGUUUUACUAUGCAACAUUUUGGAUAAGAAACAAUACAAAUUUGAAAAGUCUGAAAAUGCCAAAGCUAAAAACAAUUAUAGCAAAUGUUCUACCGACAGAGUAUCAUCAACAUUCGUAAGUUAUAUUUUUAUUUGGGUGCGCAUAUCUGAAAUUCGACAAUUUCAGAAUUUAUAUAAACAAAAAUCCCAAUCUCUGUCUCACUGAAACUGAACAUACGACACUUCGUGAAUUAGAUCGAUCAAUAAUUGAAAAUAUUGUAUUGUGCACUGAUGAUCUCCCAAGUAUGUUUCUAACAUUCUUCAGAUAAUUUCUAUUCAACAAUUUUUCAGAAAAAUAUUGUUAUCGAGAUUUCUUCACUGGAACCAAUUUUCCGCAAGGCUGUCAAAUUUUAAUGUCUGGAAUUUGGAUGAGAGAUGAAAAGGUUUUAUAAAGUUUCAGAUAACUUCAAAAAUCUGAAUUUAUUUUCAGAACACAUCGUAUCAAGAGAGCAUAAACCAAGCUUUAUCAACUGUUGAAGAAGUUUAUGGGCCAAUUGUGAUAUUUCAAACAAAUUAUACAAAUUUAUCAUUUCCACAAUUGACAACUAUCAGAAAUCAAUAUUAUGACUCACAGAAUAGUAAAAAAUAACCCCUCGAUGUAUCUAUAAUUAUUUUUUUAUUCAUUUUCAGGCUGGCAGUGGCAGGUGCUUAUUAUUCGAGGAAAUAAAUUUAUGACAUCGAUCGAAUUUCCAAAAUUAACAAAUUUUCACCAUUUUGGUAAUCAAUAUCAAGUAACAGUUUCGAAUAACAUCAGAAUGCCAUAUUCGGAACAGAAUUGUAAUUUAUAUAGGAGAAUCCCGUUCUUUUCAGUGACUGAUGAUUAUUAUAGCUGUGGUUUGUUUCAGAUUUUAGAAAUAGGAAAAAAAAACUCUGAUUCAAAUUUCAGGUUUGGUUCCUAUAAUCAAUGAUGGAACAUGGGAUACUAAUUUGAUGCUCCAAGCAGCUGAAAAAAUAGCAUCUAUAUUUUGCAACACAAUUUUAGCAAUCUUCAUAGCUGUCAAAACAUAUCAAACAAAAAUUGAUGUCAAUUUCUUUCAUUUUGCUCUAACAGCUUUAGUUCUUGUCAAUAUUGUAGAAGCUCUUUAUAUAAAUCUGAACUACAUCGAGGUUGAAGUUAAUGGAAACAAGUAAUUGACAAAAAAUUUUUUUCAGAUCUUCAACAAAAACGGUUUCGGUAUCCCAUUUGGUAUCCAGUUUAUAUAUUUCAGUAUUAAAAAAUCAUACCUAUCCCAAAUUUCAAAUGCAAUGUAUGUUAAUCGCUUGUCUCUAGUGAUUGUGUGUUCUCUUCAUAGAUGUCUCCUACUGAUAAGGUAUGUAAAAUGGAAAGAUUUAGGAGGUCUAGAAAAAAACUUUUAGUGAAUCGCUGGAAAAAUAUGGACUUGUUCUGUCGACUGGUGUUUUUGUGAUUGCAAAUAUUAUGAAUAUGAGAAUGCUUGAGGAAACGGUAAGCCAACAAUUUCAUGCUCUCAAAUUUGGACAACACAAAUUUUAUGAAUCACUACCUUUUUCAAACAAAUGUCUCUAUUCAAAUAUAGACAUUCUCAAGCACCAUAAUUUUCAAAGUGCUCUUUGACAGCUAAUAAUAUUUGCUCAUGAAUAAAAUCAAAUUUACUUAUGGAAACUUCAAAUUCAAAAAGGCAAAUACUCAUUAGAUCCUUUACAAAAAUUAUUGUUCAAAGAAAACGGGACAAAAACCUGAAAACAUCUCUUCGAUAUUGAAUCACAAACCAAUUUUUCAGACUUACCAAUACACAUUUAUCCUAUAUCAAUUGAACUAUGCAUGUCUUUUGAUCUCUCUGAUUUCCGCAAUUUAUUUGAAAGUUUUUCUUCCAAGAUAUUAUCCGUCAUACACUCAAAUCAUAACCCAACAAAACAAUUUAUCAAUUUUCCUGGUUUUGCAAGCUAUGUGGAGUUUUUUGAUUCAUGGUUUUUCCGAUGGUUUGGCUUACACUUUCCAGCAAUAUACUGCGAUUCCAAGGAUUGUCAAUUAUCGUAAUUGGUUUAUGUAUUGGGUGGGUAAAAACCUUUUUCCACAUUUUCAAAUUCAAUUUUUUUCAGUAUGGCAGUGCAAUUUAUCGUUGGCAUUAUUUGGUUUUUGGUUUCAUCACCCUGUAAGUUUCCAUCUUCAAAAAUUAUAUUUCUGUUUAAUUUAUUUUUUUAUAGAUAUUUUAUCUCUGAUAUAUUUGUCAAAUUCCCAACGCGUGCCAAAAUCACAUCCGUCUCUCAAUCAACAACAUCGAGAAGUUAA